UCCUGCUCUCACCUCUCCCCGGUCCUCCCCUCCCCGGCCCGUCCCUCACCUCUCUGCGGUCCUGCAGGCACUCCAGCACGGCCAGGUUGCUGGUCCAGGUGUGCUGCGGGCAGAGCCGGCCCAGGUCCUCCCGGCAGGCCUCCUCCUCCGACAGCUUCCAGCCGCCCGCCCUGCGAGGCUGCGAGGCCGCGGCAGGUGCCUCCUUGUGAGGGGGCUCCGCGGCCCUGAGGACCGGGGGGUCCACGGCCCUGUGGACCGGGGGACCGGGCUUGUCCACCGGGCCGCCGGCUGCCUUCUGGCCGAGGCCGGAGCCGCAGAGACACAGGAGCAGAACGAGCCGCAGCUGAAGGCGACCGUCCGCCGCCAUCUUCACUUCACUGUUAACUACGCUUUGAUUGGCUGCAGCCCCUGAGGGGAUAUGAAAGGCUGUAUAGAGGAUGGAUAAUUCCCUUUCACCUCUAAACACUGAGUCCUUGUCGGGGUCCCCCAUCGUCUCAAGAGUCUUAUAGAGAGAAUUCCAGAAGAGUUAGUUUCAGGCUCAGCUGCUGCCUUCGACCAACUGGUCUCUCACACACACACACACACACACACACACACACACACACUGACACCACAUGUAUAAAGAGACCCGAAGCAGAGGUACUUCCACUCUUCUCUCUCCUUGUCUCUCGCAGGAUUCAGGAUGGAACAGAAAAAGAUGUCGACCGGCCGGAGGAAUCAGCUCAAGAGUUUGCUGCUGCAGAUCGCUGAGACGAUGCUGGAGGAGGAGGCGCAGGAGGCCGAGAGGGAGAAGAUGAAGCACCUGGAGGAGAUCUGUCCGUCCCUCUCGGUUCCAGCAGGCUGCAUGCAGGAGCUGCAGGAUCUGUGCCGGAAGCUUCACCAGCAGAUUGAUCUGGUGGAUGACGAGCGGUACGACACGGAGAGGAAAGUCACAAAGUCCAACAUGGAGAUCGACGACCUGAAGCUGAAGGUCCAGGAUCUGAAGGGGAAGUUUAAGAAGCCGGCGCUGAAGAGCGUGCGGAUGUCGGCGGACGCCAUGUUGGCCGCUCUGCUGGGCUCCAAACACAAAGUGGCCUUGGACCUGAGGGCCAAUCUGAAGCAGGUCAAGAAGGAGGUGAAAGAGGAGGAGAAGCAAACAGGCGACUGGAGGAAGAACAUCGAAGACAAGGCCGGGAUGGACGGCAGGAAGAAGAUGUUUGAGACCGAGGCUUAAACUUCAUGUGUGUUGCUGUGUCGUCAGGUUUUAGCAUCGUUCAUGUGUGUGUCUUGGGUGAGUCCACAGUUUGUGUAAAUGCUAAAAGAAAUAAAUCCUGGGGGGUGA